UUGGCAACUAGUAGAUCAACCCUCCUUCAUUCCGAUAGCGCAAAUACACUGGCAAACCAGGUGAGAAGCAACCUUCCAGGAAACCCUCCAGAUUCCACAGCACAGCUGAAUGGCUUAUAAUUUCAAACUCUGACUGCAGCUUCCACUAAGACUUUUCUUUGCCUGCGCAUUGGAACAUACCAGGUUCGCCUAUAAUGAAUGAACGACGGUAGAUGAAAACCGGUUUAAGGGGUUUUAAUCCAUGGCAUAGAGAGCGGCGGUUUUAAUUAGAAGUGCGUUACUUUAAUAAAUGUCUACUAUACUGGACAGAGACUCACAAGUAGAUUUGACCCAACCAGAGUCACUCAAAGCAGAAUGGGAUGUAGCGAUUGACGUGGAGAAAGUUGACGGACAGGAGCUUGAGGCAGAGAUGACGGAUGAGGCUCCGGCGCAGCGCAAGCUCACGCGCAGCCCGAAGUGCGCUCGCUGCAGGAAUCACGGCGUGGUGUCGCGCCUCAAGGGCCACAAGCGCCUGUGUCGCUGGCGGGACUGUCAGUGCGCGAACUGUCAGCUCGUCGUGGAAAGACAGAGGGUGAUGGCAGCGCAAGUCGCCCUCAGGAGACAGCAGGCCACAGAGGGUAAAAAAGGUCAGAAAAACAGCUCUGUUCUCCGACGCUCAGCCUACCAGCGCUUGUCAAGAGCACCUAGUCUCCUGGCAAAGAGUAUUCUGGAGGGCUACAAGCCACCUGUGCUGGAGGACUGGCCAAAGAGACCCCAUCAUCCCCCGGUCAGUAUUCGGAUGAGAAAAAGGAGAGCAUUUGCUGAUAAAGAGCUGGACAGCGUGAUGGUGGAGAGAGAGCUGAGGCACAGAGAGAUGGAAGAGUUACCUGCUCUCCUUCUCCAGACUGUGGUGCCAUCCACCCAUCUGCCAUUUUUUUACCCAUUGUACGACCCCAUGAUGCCCACAUACAUGCAUGUUCCCAAAACCGGCCCAGCUUUGAUUGACUGUGAUCUGUCCCGCCAUCCACAUGCACUCAAGACUUUAGACAUCAGUGAGAACUGGGACGUUUUCACAGACAUGGAGUUGAGUCGAGAAUGUCUGUCAUUGCCUUCCAGCCGGUCUCCGCCACAUCGCUACAGUCCGGGUGUCGACAUGGUUAAGACCUUGCCGGAGAGCAGUUCUGUUGAUCUUUCUGCUAAGUCCAAAAGUUUUGUUGUUGACACCAUGUCAAAGCAAGACAUGCCGCUCUCAGUGGGAAUGGGGGACGUGUUGGUACAAGCUAAAUUGCCACACAGGAGCAGCAGGUCAUCGGGACUUGUGGAAGAAAUGGAGGCAAAUCAAAACUCCUCAAAAAAAUCUGUGAAACGACCAUUACCGUUUUCUGUAGAGGCGUUGCUCAUGAGAUGAUAAAAGUUAUUUCAAUUUUGGUUUCAAUGGAGAACAUAUUUACAUUUUUUGUCAGACAGUUUCAUAAACCAUCUUGGACUAUUUAAUCCUUUAGGUUCAUUAUAUGAUUAUAUGUCAUUAUAGAGCCCACAUUAUACGUAUAAUAUGAUGUUCAAUAUUUUUUGAUCCUGUUUAAUUCAAGGUUAAGAAAUUGUCAAAUUACACAGUAUGGAAUAUAAAUGUAUUACUUAUCUUUUUAUUUAAUAUCCUUUGUUUUCAGUCCUUCUGAUAAAUGUUGCUUUCAGACUGACAUUAAAAUAUUAUUUCUUGUAAAUAAUCAUGACUAACCCCACAUUUUAAAAAUACAUUCCAUUCCAUAUUUUUAUCAUCAGAUUCUAAAAUGUGUCAUGUAUUAAAGCAAUAAACAGUGGGUUACAGUGCAUUUUAUAACAGCUAAGGGCAUUGUGGCACAACGUGACUAAAACGGUUAUUCCAUAUGCGUAGCAAGGUUUCAUAAAAUAAAGUAAACAAAGUGAUAUUUAGGCUAUGGAAUGCGUUCAGCCGUUAAAAAUUGGGGUAUUUUAUAACGGCUUGGAACUCUGCUCAGCCAAUCAGAAUCAAGGACCGUUUUAUAAACAGAUUUAGCUGUGAUCAAAUGAAAAGCAUGGUGAGAAAAAGAACAUUUGCUUUCCCCUUGCUUUAAUGUCUAUUUAUAUUUUACAAAUUGUGGGUGGAUUUGGGUCCCACAAAGGUUUCUUGAACUGUUUCUGUGGUGUUCAUGAAAUAUUCUUUAUUUGAAAGAAAACAAAUAAAACAAUGAAAAGGCCUUCCAGACAGGAGUCAACCCACAGUGUAAACCUAAAUGGGUGAAACGGCACUCUAAAAAGUGCUGGGUUGUUUUUGACCCAUGCUGGGUAAAUAUUGGACAUAACACACUGCUGGGUUAAAAUGAUCCAAUGCUGGGUUAUUUUUAACACAAUUGGGUUGUCUUCACUCAACCAUGAGUGGAAACAACCCAGCAGUGUGUUCUGUCCAAUAUUUACCCAGCAUGGUUAGCGUGAGGAGCAGAAAUGUACAAAUUCUAUGUGCCUGAGAGUUUAGAGGCAGGGAAACAACCUGAUCUCAUGGGAAUUCGUAACUAUGUCGCAAGGUGGCUAAUUCGUAUGAAUUUGUAAGUUGUAAAUCAUACAAAAAAACAAAUGAUGACUAGAAAAUAAGCAAUACUGAAGCGCCACCCCUAACCCCGGCCCUAAACGUCACUGGCACGAUAGCAAAUCUACAAAAAUUUAUGAAUAAGAUCGUACGAAUUCAUACGAAUUAGCCAAAAUGAGCCAAAUCAUAAAAUAUCUACAUUUUUGCUGUGUUGAGGGACCUCACACAUUU